AUGGCUGAUGGAAGUUCUUUCAACGUGAAGUUGUAUAUUUAUGACCUGUCAAAAGGACUGGCCCGUCAGCUGAGUCCCAUGAUGUUAGGAAAGCAAGUCGAGGGAAUAUGGCACACAUCUAUAGUGGUUUAUGGGGAAGAGUUUUUCUUUGGAGGAGGAGGCAUUAUGAGCUGCUUUCCGGGUGGUACUAUUCUAGGUAUGUCUGAUUCCACAGUGGACCUUGGAAACACAGAAGUUCCCCGGGACCUUUUUCAGAAAUAUCUGUCUUCGCUCAGGGAGUCUACUUACAGACCUGAAAAAUACCACCUCUUUGAACAAAACUGUAACACCUUUAGCGCUGAGGUUGCACAGUUUUUAACAGGGUCUAAGAUUCCCUCAUACAUCACUGACCUCCCAUCUGAGGUGCUCGCUACACCUUUUGGACAAGUGCUCCGUCCUUUUCUCGAUUCAGUCACCAUCACUCCAUCGGGGGAUAAUGGCAUGCACGGAUAUGGUCAGUGGUAGAUCUGGCUGCAUCUAAAAAUUUAUUAUUACAGCAGUCAUGAAGCUUGUGUAUCAGACAUAUAAUAGUAAUCAUGAUAAUAAUAGUUUACUUAUGUUUCACCCAUUGUGCCUAUAUAAAUAGCAUUUAUAUAAAAGCAGGUCUUCCAGAUUUCUGCUCAGUGCCUUCAAAUUCAAGUGAUGAGUUGUUUAGUCUCAUGAACUUUCCUUCAUUGAUUUGGGGUGUAAACAAAUGGACCUGUGUGUCUGUAUAGUUGACUUUUCAUGACAGGAUUUACAGUUCCUCUGGUACAAACUGCAAUAGCAUUAUAAUUACUAGUCAAGAGUUUGCAAUAAUCUAAAAAAAACCCCAGCCAACUUUUUCAAUAAUUUAAAUGUACCAAAGCAAGUUGUAUCAGGAUUCCCCUCAACAGUCUGUAGGUGUCUCUGUUCUACCUCAACAUCAUCUGUUAAGUCAGAUGCUUUGAGAGGAAUAGAGGAUGAGAAUUAGGUUGCUAAUUUAAAAAAAAUAUGCUGUUGACUCUUUUUCUGUGUUGUAAGUUGUUAUCUAAACCUUACCUUUACUCAGAACAACGUUUAUAGCGAUCCUAAAGUGCCAUGAAUAUAUACUGAGGAGGGUUUAAGGGAUCAGUGACGCCGCAAGAAGCGCAGUGUCCCACAGAUGAAGCUAAUGAAUGUUGUGUAAAAUGUGCAGGUGUCACCAGCAAUGGACCCAAUAGGAAAGUUAUUGCAUUUUAAGUCUUUUUACUCUUGUCCAAUUGCUUCCAAUAUAGUAGGAAUGUGUCCUUGGUGACCAUUAAUAGUCAUUAUUCACCUAGCAGUAUGUAAUCCAUAACUAAGUGGUUUGAUGGUAAAUGGUCUGAACUGUGCUACUGUUGUUCUAAAAAAAAAACUAUUUACAGCUUUCCUGCCUCAAAUAAACCUAAAUCAUUUAAAUGUGUUCUGUUAAAUAUCAUUGUAUCUCAGCUGUAAACAAAUAAAGACAUUCUGAAAGUAUGAAAA